UAUAUAAAACAUAACGUUACAUGUCUAUGUAUAUUAUCAAACACACACAACACAAGAACUCUCAACCAUGGCUUCUCAUUCUUCUCUUCUUAUCGUCUUAUCCAUUACUUGCUUCCUCUCUCUCAUCUCACCGGCGUUUUCACAAACUUGCUCAACACAAAACAUACUCACCACCCAGAGAACUCCGUUUCACACUUGCCUAGACCUUCCCGUACUAAACUCCUACCUCCACUACACUUACAACGCAACAAACUCAUCUCUCUCCGUGGCUUUCGUCGCCACUACUUCUCAUUCCGACGGCUGGGUCGCUUGGGCUAUCAACCCGACGUCAACCGGUAUGAGCGGUUCUCAGGCUUUCCUCGCCUACAGAUCAGGAGCAGGCGCGCCUCCCGUCGUGAAAACGUACAACAUCAGUGGAUACAAUCUCAACAACGGAGGGAGACUUUCCUUCGAGUUUUGGGAUCUACGUGCUGAAGCCUUGAGUGGGAAUAGGAUAGUGAUUCAUACCUCGGUUAAGGUUCCGGAGGGAGAGGAUAGCGUGAACCAGGUGUGGCAGGUCGGUGGGAAUGUGACCAAUGGUCGUGUUGGUAUUCAUCCGUUUACUCCGGCGAAUUUGAACUCUAAAGCCGUGCUGAGAUUUAAUGGCUCUGAUGCUCCCGCCUCUGCUCCGGGAGGUGGUUUGGCCACUCCCGGACAGGCGGGAGGUCCAGGGAACACGGGUUCGAUGACGACAAGUGUAAAUGUUGGGGUCAUGAGUAUGGGAGUUUUGGUUUGGUUGGGUAGUAUAUUAAAUUUCUGAAGAUGAUCUUUCUCUAUCUCUAUUUGUUUUUUCUAGCAUAAUAAUGGAGCUCCAUACGUUUUAGACUUUAGGUCAUUUACUUCUUUGUUUUUUUUUUUUUUCCUUUCACAUUACCUUCUCUUGUCUCCCUCAUUAUUCUGAGUUGUUAUUGGAGUGUAUGGACCAUUACUACUCUCAUCUUAUCAUCUCAAAAUAACUGCGUUUGCAGUCCCCUCACACUAGUGGUCUAUUUCCGCAGAUUCACGUAGAUAUUUUCUUAAGAUACUUUGGUAUGUGCUGUCUUUUUUAAAAUCAAAUAAUUCAUUAUAAAAGU